AUGAGACAGUUUACAUUCCCAUUGAGUACAAAGGAUGAAGAGUUGUUGGAGCCAUAUAAGUAUAUUUCCGAAUCACCGGGCAAGGGUAUCAGAAAGGUCUUGAUCGAAGCCUUCAAUCAUUGGCUAAAGGUCGACGAGAAGAUCGUUCAAAAGGUGGCCGACAUCAUCCAAGGUCUACACAUGUCAAGUUUAUUGAUUGAUGAUAUAGAGGAUAACUCAAAGAUUAGAAGAGGUAUGCCUGUGGCUCAUGAGAUAUAUGGUGUGCCACAGACGAUCAACUGCGCCAAUACUGUGUACUUCUUGGUGAUGAAUGAAUGUAACAAUCUGGGCAAUGCUCAAGCCACCACAAUCUUUAUUGAGGAGAUGGUCAGACUGCAUAGAGGUCAGGGCUACGACAUCCUGUGGCGUGAUACCAAUAGAUGUCCAACCAUCGAAGAGUACAGUGCAAUGGUUCAAGAGAAGACUGGAGGUCUAUUCAGACUUGGACUGCGUCUUCUUCAAUUGUUCAGCCAGAACAAGACUGAUUACUCUGGCUUGGUCGAGGACAUGGGACUAUUCUAUCAGAUCCGUGAUGAUUACAUCAACAUUGUAUCCGAUGAUUAUCACCUGAACAAGAGCUUCUGUGAGGAUAUCACUGAGGGCAAGUUCUCAUACCCGAUUAUAAAGGCCAUUCAUUCGCAUCCGGAUGAUAGACGCCUGUUGAUGAUAUUGAAGCAAAAGACAGAGAGUGUGGACAUCAAGAGACACGCCGUUCAAUAUAUCAAGAGCUGUGGUGCCUUGGAGUCGACCAAGGCACACAUGGAUCAGCUGCAAGAGAAGAUCGUCAAGCAGAUUGAGGAGCUAGGUGGCAACCCAUACCUCCACGCCAUCCUCAAGAAGCUGGAUCAGAAGCAGGUCUAA